GAUACCCGGCAGUAAACUUCCGUUUUCCGGUGGCAAGUUAUGAGGGUGCGGAAGUUUAUGAAAUUCGCUGUUUAAACUAUAUUUUGGUUUGUCUACGGGCAUUAGUUUGUUUAGAAACAUGAUUUUACUAGAGAUUCAGAAUCGCAUUAUUGUCGACACACUCACAAACAAGUUCAGGAAUGUGCAAUCGGGUGGUAAACCAGAGUCAGUGGACAUUACUAUCGCUGAUUUUGACGGAGUGAUGUAUCAUAUCUCGAAUCCAAGCCCACAGGAAAGAUCUAAGAUACGGCUUAGUAUUUCAAUGAAAUUUUAUAAACAACUGCAAGAACACGGAGCGGACGAUUUGCUGAAAAGAGAGUAUGGCAGCUACAUAACAGACGCAGAAGAUGGUUACAAUGUAUCAAUAUUGUAUGAUCUUGAACAAAUUCCACAAGACUUUGAAGAUGUGGUUACCAAGGCCAGUCUUCUGAAGAGGAACUGCUUUGCAACUGUCUUCGAAAAGUACUUUGAAUUCCAGGAGAAAGGAGAGGAAGGCAACAAGCGAGCAGUAGUUCAGUACAGGGAUGAAGAGACAAUGUAUGUGGAAGCAAAGGCAGACAGAGUCACAGUUGUUUUUAGUACUGUGUUUAAAGAUGACGAUGAUGUAGUCAUUGGAAAAGUAUUCAUGCAAGAGUUUAAGGAAGGUCGUCGUGCAAGCCACACUGCCCCACAGGUGUUGUUCAGUCACAAGGAGCCACCGCUAGAGCUGCAGGGUACGGAUGCGCGUGUUGGAGAUAACAUAGGUUACAUCACGUUUGUGUUGUUUGCACGCCACACGAACCCGCAAGCACGCGACAACACGAUCAAUCUUUUGCACACCUUCCGAGACUACCUUCACUAUCACAUCAAGUGCUCGAAGGCGUACAUCCACUCGCGCAUGCGAGCCAAGACAGGCGACUUCUUGAAGGUACUGAAUCGGGCACGGCCAGAAGUGAAGAAUGCUGAGAAAAAGACGAUUUCGGGAAAGACGUUUGUACGAACAUAAUCCGCACAAAUUAUUGUAGAACUGACAUGUGCCGUAAUGCAUAUUAUGAUUGUACGGCAUAAAUUCUUGUUGGAGAGGGCAAUAUCGUUCUAUCUCUUCCAUCCUGUUUGGCAAGUAAAUUUACUAAAUUACUAUAUCAGUGAUAAGGAUUUUUAGGAUGAGUACAAAUUUCAUAGUCUAGCAGUAGAGGAAUCACUGCAAAAUUGUGGGAACUCUAUCAAAUCACUGUUCCUCACAGCUGUAUAAAGCAACAUGUCUUGAGUAAUUUUUAUACAUUUGAAGAAAGACAGGUCAGAUCGUCAGUUACGUGUUUACGUAUUACACUAAUUGUGUGAAAUGAUCUAGAAUAAUAUUGAUUAUUAAUGCGAGUGUAUGGUCGAAGACAAAUUUAGGUUUGCCAUGCAAUAGGUUUGUAAUAGUUUUGGUUACAAUACAAGUCCUGUGUUUGAUUUCAUGAAUCAUGCCUUUGUAUCAUAGGAAAGUUAUUGCUCUAUAAAUGUAAAUGUGACCAGACAAAUUGUAAACAGAACUGCAUACCUUGAUGUAUUUUGGUUACAGUAAAUAUUGUGUAUAUGUUAAAACAAGGAGACUGUUUCUGAAUGCAGAUAGAAACUUGCAACCAAAAAUGGUGUGAGCUCGGUAAUUAAAUGUUAAUUUUAAUGAACAAAAGCAUGCCACUGGGAACUCGUUUGUUCUUCCAUUGACCUUCAAAUUGUUAAAAUGCGCAAGUAACCAACCUGUAACCGUUUUGUUAGUAUGGAUGUAAUAAAUAUAUUCCACUUUAUUCACACCGCA